AUGGCAGAAAGAAGGAGACUGCAGCAGGAGGUGGAGAGAACGCUGCGGCGGGUUGACGAUGGGUGCGAGGUGUUUAUGAGUAUAUAUAACAAAUACAAGCAGCAGCAGCAGCAGCAGCAGCAGCAGCAGCAGCAGCAGCAGCAGCAGCAGCAGACAGCAGCAGCAGGAGGAGGUGGAGGAGGAGGAGGAGGAGGAUCAGCGGCAGCAGCAACAGCAGCAACAGGAAUACCAACAGCAGCAGCAAACAGCAGAAUAGAGAUAGAGAUGAAAAAAGAAAUAAAAAAACUACAAAGACAAAGAGAUAUAAUAAAAGGAUGGCAGCUAAACAACAACGAAAUAAAAAAUAAAACACCACUAGACAGCAGCAGAAAGAAGAUAGAGAGAUGUAUGGAGCUGUAUAGACAGUGGGAGAGAGAGACAAAGACAAAAGCAUAUAGUAAGGAUGGUUUAGCAGCAGCAACUGCUGCUGCUGCUGCAGCAGCAAAUGCUGCUGCUGCAGCAAACGCUGCUGCUGCAGCAAAUGCUGCUGCUGCUGCUGCUGCAGCAGAAACAGAAGACUACAGCAGCAGCAGCAGCAGCAGCAGCAGCAGCACGAAUACAGAGCUUCUUAUUGAUGCUUCUGUAUAUGACUGUAUACAUGCAGAAAGCAGCAGCAGCAGCAGCAGCAGCAGCAGCAGCAGCAGCAGCAAUAGAGGGAGAGAACUAACAGAACACAACACAGAUGAUGCGCUGUCAGCAGACACGCCUUCGAAUUCUGCUGCAGAGGGGAGCAGCAGCAGCUCUUCUCGGGGCCCCCGCUCCAGCAGCAGCAGCAGCAGCAGCAGCAGCAGCAGCAGCGGCAGCAGCAACCGGCGGGCGUUGAGUGCUGCUGAGGAGACAGAGGGAACAGCAAAAAGAAACAGCAGACGCGGCAGCAGCCCCAGCAAUGCUGCAAGCAGCAGCAGCAGCAGCAGCAGCAGCAGCAGCAGCAAAGGCAAGCAGCAGCAGCACCAGAAACAGCAGACGCGGCAGCAGCCCCAGCAAUGCUGCAAGCAGCAGCAGCAGCAGCAGCAGCAGCAGCAAAGGCAAGCAGCAGCAGCACCAACAGCAGGGAAGGGGUGCUGCUGCAGCAGAAGGAGCAGCACCAGCAGCAUCACCGACUUGCUGGUCUUCGCUGCUGCAGCACCAGAGCAGCGUACUGGCUCUCCAACAGCUGCAGCAAGGGGAGGCAGCAGCAGCAGCAGCAGCAACAGCAGCAGCAAAGGAGGGGAAGCUGCAAGCGUUUGGAAGACAGGGAGGCUGCAUGCUGCUGCUGCAGAGCAGCAGCAGCAGCAGCAGCAACAGCAGCAGCAGCAGCAGCAGCAGCAACGGGGUGGUGGCUCAGGAGGUGCAGCAGCAGGAAGCGUAGCGCCCUGGAAGGCAAAGGCAGCAGCAGCAGCAGCAGCAGCAGGUGCCCCUACGAUAGCAGCAGCAGCAGGACCUGCUGCAGCAGGAGCUGCAGCAGCAGCAACAGCAGCAGCAGCAGCAGCAGCAGCAGCUGGUUCUUCGUCUACCAGGGGACAGGCAAAGGCUCCGCCGCAGCAGCGAGGGUCUCCCGAAGCCCUCAACAGCAGCAGCAGCAGCAGCAGCAGCAGCAGCAGCAGCAACACAAACACAGCAGCAGCAGAUCCUGUUGCUGUUCCUUGCGCCGGUCUGGGCCUCCUACCUAGCAGCAGCAGCAGCAGCUGGUUCUUCGUCUACCAGGGGACAGGCAAAGGCUCCGCCGCAGCAGCGAGUGUCUCCCGAAGCCCUCAACAGCAGCAGCAGCAGCAGCAGCAGCAGCAGCAGCAGCAGCAACACAAACGCAGCAGCAGCAGAUCCUGUUGCUGUUCCUUGCGCCGGUCUGGGCCUCCUACCCGCUGGAGAUGA